AUGGAGCAGCGUACAUCUUACCACGAUACCCACAAUCGCCUUGUGACCAUUUUCCUCCGAAAGCUGGAGUAUUAUCAAGGAAUUCUUUUCCUGACUUCAAAUCGGGGUAUCCAAUUUGAUGACGCAAUUCUCAGCCGGAUCCAUUUGAUCACUGAGUAUGAGAAUUUAACGAGAGAGUUUCGCAGAGAUCUCUGGUCAACUUUUCUGUCCAAGGCACGUACGAUGCAAGGACCUGCCGUUGUCAAGGAGCACGAACUUCGACGAUUGGAGUCUUUACCUCUGAAUGGACGAGAGAUCAAAAACAUCGCAGCAAUUGCACACUCUCUGGCUGAGGCUGACAUCGACCAGGUGAACUACAAAUACUUGGAGUUAGCCGCCGAAUCAAAUAAGAAAUUUUCCAAGGAGUUUGGCAGGGAGAGGACUGCUGAUGGAAUGUAUGUCUAA